AUGCCGGGUCUCAGACCCAUAUUACCGCUCGGAUCGCUCCGGAUACGUCCAGCAGCGUCCCAUCGUCUGGCUUUCCGCCCAAUACCUCUCCCCUCCCGACCCCUCGUCCGCUUCAACUCGCAGCUCCCACCCCCUCUUCCACCACAUCAUGAUCGGCCGAGUUCAUCUUCAUCCUCAUCCUCGGCUUCUUCAAAUGGCGGACCUAAAAAUGACGAUUCCUAUGGAGACAAAAUGAAGCAAGCCGCCAAAACGCCGACGAGAUGGUAUCCUAUACCCAUAGCUCUCGGGGCUAUCGUCAUCCUUGCUGUGCAGCUACGGAAGCAGAUGGGAGGGCCGGGAUCGGAGACGUUUGAAGUGACUAGUCAGGGGGAACAGGGGGCGGUCUUGAAAGCUAGGAAUGUGGAUGGGCCAUGGCAGGUCCGAGUGCUUGGUGCGUUGCCAUUACGGUCGUUAUCCCAAUUAUGGGGCUACCUGAACGGCCUGGUCCUGCCCGUUUGGUUCAGGCCGUACGGGUUCCGGCUGUACUCCUAUAUUUUCGGGUGCGAUCUAUCCGAGGUACCGCAAGAUCUGGCCUCGUACGAGAGUCUCGGAGACUUCUUCUACCGUCAGCUCAGAGAAGGAGCUCGUCCAAUAUCCGACGCCGCCAUGGUCUCACCAGCCGAUGGCCGUGUCCUCCACUUUGGUGAAAUAACGGGCGAGCGCGUCGAGCAAGUCAAGGGAAUAACCUACUCUCUUGGCGCCCUUCUAGGACAGGAGGGCGAGGCGGUGGGUGAAAAGUCGGAAGUGGUUCGGAGAGGCGAUGCAGGCGUCCAAUUCGUGGACGAUGAGAAUUUCGCGACGAUCAACGAUAUCCCCUACUCGAUCGACAAACUCAUGGGGAGCGGGCGGGAGACGAAGGAGGAGAGGGAGGGGACCACCGAGAUCCCCUCCGAGACCCAGGCCAACGGGGAAGAGGUCGAUGCCUCUCACCGCUCCUCCGCCUCGGACGUGACGCACGACACCUCGGUCGCCAUCUCCCUCGGCUCGUCCGCCCUGUCCAGCGUCACCGAACGUGGCCGCGACCUAAAACUCAUCAACCCGGCCAACAAACUCUACUUUAUGGUCGUCUACCUCGCUCCGGGCGACUAUCACCGUUUCCACAGUCCCACCAACUGGGUCGUGGAGCGCCGUCGUCAUUUCACCGGCGACCUCUUCUCGGUCUCCCCCUAUAUCGCCAAUCGCCUCUCUAACCUCUUCGUCCUGAAUGAACGGGUGGCGUUGCUGGGAAGGUGGAAAUACGGAUUCUACUCGAUGGUGCCUGUCGGAGCGACCAACGUGGGGUCCAUCAUGAUCAACUUUGAUGAGAAUUUACGGACGAAUACGAGGAAACUCAGCCACCCGGCGCAUACGUUUACAGAGGCGGUGUAUACCUCGGCGUCAAAGAUUCUGCAGGGCCAGCCGUUGUUGGCUGGGGAGGAAAUGGGGGGGUUCAAGCUGGGGAGUACGAUCGUGAUGGUGUUUGAAGCGCCAAAGAACUGGAAGUUUACGGUCAAUGCGGGUGAUAAGGUCAAGGUCGGACAGGAAAUGGGGAGGUUGGUAGAUGAAUAG